CGUACACAAUAAUUUUUGCUCCUGCAUUAACCUACAAAUAAUGAGCACUUUCUUGUGCUUUACAAUAAGUAAUUAAAAGAAAUUGUAGAGUUAGAUGCAAAAAUAACCUGAAGGACAGCUGAAUGUGUGGACCCACCAGUUUUCUCCUCGUGUGCAAAAGUUUAAUCCUUGUUAAUGCUUGGAACGUUGAGUUUCUACAGAAAGGGCUGCGUGUCCACACAUGUUUUGGCAUCUGCCCACACACUUCUGUAUGGUAUGACUCAGCAACCUAGAAGAAGGGCUGCGGUGUGUACAUUUGCGCUUCAGUGGAAUAUAACAAACUGAUUCCUGAAAAUGGUCUCAUAAAGCUCCACCAGGUGAGAAGAGUGAUGACCAUCCUUUUCCUUACUAUGGUUAUUUCAUACUUCGGUUGCAUGAAGGCUGCCCCCAUGAAAGAAGCCAACGGCCGAGGACAAGGCAGCUUGGCCUACCCAGGUGUGCGGACCCAUGGGACUCUGGAGAGCGUGAACGGGCCCAAGGCAGGGUCGAGAGGCCUGACAUCCUUGGCUGACACUUUUGAACACGUGAUAGAAGAGCUGUUGGACGAGGACCAGAAAGGUCGACCCAAUGAAGAAAACAGUAAGGACGCGGACUUAUACACUUCCAGGGUGAUGCUCAGUAGUCAAGUGCCUUUGGAGCCUCCUCUCCUCUUUCUGCUUGAGGAAUACAAAAAUUACCUGGAUGCUGCAAACAUGUCUAUGAGGGUCCGGCGCCACUCUGACCCUGCCCGCCGCGGGGAGCUGAGCGUGUGCGACAGCAUUAGCGAGUGGGUGACAGCAGCAGAUAAAAAGACUGCAGUGGACAUGUCGGGCGGGACGGUCACCGUCCUUGAAAAAGUCCCUGUAUCGAAAGGCCAACUGAAGCAGUACUUCUACGAGACCAAGUGCAAUCCCAUGGGUUACACAAAGGAGGGCUGCAGGGGCAUAGACAAAAGGCAUUGGAACUCCCAGUGCCGAACUACCCAGUCGUACGUGCGGGCCCUCACCAUGGAUAGCAAAAAGAGAAUUGGCUGGCGAUUCAUAAGGAUAGACACUUCCUGUGUAUGUACAUUGACCAUUAAAAGGGGAAGAUAGUGGAUUGAUGUUGUAUAGAUUAUAUUGAGACAAAAAUUAUCUAUUUGUAUAUAUACAUAACAGGGUAAAUUAUUCAGUUAAGAAAAAAUAAUUUUAUGAACUGCAUGUAUAAAUGAAGUUUAUACAGUACAGUGGUUCUACAAUCUAUUUAUUGGACAUAUCCAUGACCAGAAGGGAAACAGUCAUUUUGCGCACAACUUUAAAAAGUCUGCAUUUCAUUCCUCGAUAAUGUUGUGGUUUGUUGCCGUUGCCAAGAAUUGAAAACGUAAAAAGUUUAAAAAAAAAUAAUAAUAAAUUGCAUGCUGCUUUAAUUGUGAAUUGAUAAUAAACUGUCCUCUUUCAGAAAACAGACAAAAAAAAAAAAACCAACAAAAAUUUGAACCAAAACAUUCCGUUUACAUUUUAGACAGUAAGUAUCUUCGUUCUUGUUAGUACUAUUAUCUGUUUUACUGCUUUUAACUUCUGAUAGCGUUGGAAUUAAAACAAUGUCAAGGUGCUGUUGUCAUUGCUUUACUGGCUUAGGGAAUGGGUGGAUGGGAGGGGUAUAUUUUUGUUUGUUUUGUGUUUUUUUUUGUUUGUUUUGUUGUUUUGUUUUCUUUCUUUCUUUCUUUCUUUCUUUCUUUCUUUCUUUCUUUCUUUCUUUCUUUCUUUCAAGUUCCCACAGGGAGUAGGGAUGGGGAAAGAAUUCCUUCAGUAAAUAUUCUGGUUGAUAAAAGAUUUAUUUGUAUGUUGUAAAGAUGUUGGCAAUAUCAAUCAGAUGAUUGGAAACUGAAUAAAAAGGCAACUGAAUGAAGUGCUUACUCCACUUCCCAUGAUGCACCUUCUGGGCUCCCACUCACCCUUUGGGCCUUGGUCAGCAGAAGCUUCUUUUGCUGGAAAGAUCUACAUUUUCUUAGAGCACAUUCUUUCCCUCCCUCCCCCUUUGGUCCCCUCUUUAUUUUGUUUUCUCUUAAAGGAAGAAAAAUCAGUUGGGUGCUCUGAAAUAAUUUACCACUGCUGUGAACGAGUGGACAAAUUUUGUCAUAUUGUGGCACUCAUUCAUAAGCAUGGAGAACAGUGGUUUCUUUCUUUUCUUUUUUCUUUCUUUCUUUCUUUCUUUCUUUCUUUCUUUCUUUCUUUUAGAAGAGAAAAAGAACAACAACAAAAAACUCAAAGAUUCUUUUUUAUGAGGGGUAAACACUUGGGUAAAUCAUUUGUAAGGCUUAACAAAAUCAUGGUAAGGCUUAAAACCGUCUUGCAAGCAAAAGGUGGAGUUCUGUAUGGACCCAGAAAUGCCUAGAUCAGAGCAGGAGUCCACACUGCCAGUGACGUGAGACUGAACCAGCCAUAUGGAGGCUGUGUGGAGCUGACACGUCAUUUCCGGGUGGUGCAGGAGGAAUUUCUGCGUGGCCAUCCUGAUGUCUAGGUGGGGGUGGGGAAUGGUACUUGAGACAUUCCAAGAGGGAGACCUUUGAAGGACCUUUCAGAGGUGGCUCUGGAAUGACUGUGUCAAGUUGCUUGGACCUCGCGCUUUAAGUGCCUACAUUAUCUAACUGUGCUAAGAGGUUCUCGCUGGAGGACCCCACUUGAGCUGACUUACAUUCUCCACCCUGGGUAAUUUGUCCUACAGCUGGAUUAGCCUGGGGCAGGUUCAGAACCAAAUGUGACAUUGUCAUCAUGAAACUGAUACAAUGAGAUGGAAAAUGCUUGCGACAUGAACACUUUCUGCUUUGAAAUUAGACUUGAGGAAAACCAGGGUUUUGUCUUCUGAGAACUUUCGGUAAGGGGGAAGGGACAGGAAAAGGCCCCAAAAACUCAGGUUGGAUGACCAAGGCUACCAAGAGAAAAUCUUGUCCCAAGACAAGACUUCAGGAAGGUGUCUGCAUGUCUAGGACACGAAAGGCUUGAAGGUGCCUUGCUCAAUGGAAGAGGCCAGGACAGAGCUGAUAAAGUUUUGCUCCCCAGUGAAGGCCUCAGCAACCUCCUGCCCAUCCUGUCUGUUCAUGGAGAGGGUCCCUGCCUCACCUCUGCCAUCUUGGGUUUGGAGAAAUAAAGGUGGGAGCCUGGAAUAGCGUGGUCCUGGGAAAAAUGAAUCCCAGGGAAAAUUAGUGCUAAACCCACUCACCCAUUCAGCCCGUUAUCCAAAUCUGAAAAUGUCCUUGACCAGUGUCCUUGAAUAUCAGAAAGCCUCGAGAAGUUGCCGCAUCUUAGUAGAGUGAGGGCUAAGCAAAAGAGGUUGUCCACCAUGACCCAGGGAAUGAAGAUACCAUCAGCAAAUAAUUUCUAUUUGUUCAGUCUUUCACUUAGAACGAGCCUAGCCUAUCCUUUACGAUACCAUCCGAACACCUGUCUUUCAAAGAGGGAAGACUUUAGGUUUGUUUUGUGUUGUUUGAAAAUACUCUUUGUAAUUAUUUUUGACAUGUAAUGAAAAUCUGCUGUAUAUUAACUUUUCGCAGCUUCCUUCUGAGGGACGAAAUUAUCAAAGAAGUGCCCAUCACAGUCUCAAAAGUUCUGCUAAGGCCAGAUGUAUUAAGUGGUUGAACAGGAGACAUUCGUCAGUUGUGUGGUCACUGGCUCUCUCUUACCCAAUAGGAUACAUCACGGUCACAUGCUUGGUGGUUUACGUUGAUCUAAGAUUUAUUUUGUUAAAAUCUUUCUCUGUUGCUGUUCAUUUUUGUUCUGUUCAGUUUUGUUUUGUUUUGUUUUGUUUUGUUUUAAAGUCUUGCUGUGGUCUCUUUGUGGCGGAAGUGUUUGGUGCAUGCCGGCAGGCCUGUUGCUUUUUUAUGGUGAUUUCCAUUGAAAAUGUAAGUAAAUGUCUGUGGCCUUGUUUUUUCUCUAUGGUAAAGAUAUUAUUCACCAUGUAAAACAAAAAAAAUAUUUAUUGUAUUUUAGUAUAUUUAUAUAAUUAUGUUAUUGAAAAAAAUUGGCAUUAAAACUUAACCGCAUCAGAAGCCUAUUGUAAAUACAAGUUCUAUUUAAGUGUACUAAUUAACAUAUAAUAUAUGUUUUAAAUAUAGAAUUUUUAAUGUUUUUAAAUAUAUUUUCAAAGUACAUAAAAUCUGGGGGUUCUGGGUUUUUUCUCUUCACUGUGAAACAAACAUGAAAACGUGUUUCAUUAUAAAUACGUGUGUUCCUUGCUUUAAGACCAACCUGACUAGUUUUAGCAAUUGCACAGUCCCCCCUCCCCUCCCUGGAGGGGAUGCUUAUUUCAAAGCAUGGGAAGCCAAUCCUGCAGUCUGUGAGCUUCCAAGAAGCUCUAGGAUUGGGCCCGUCUUCCACAGUGGAAGACAGGAGUGUCAUAUUCUAGGACACUUUAAAGUUUUCUCCUUUGAAGUGAUAUACUUUCAUCAAGUACCAAGCCAUGUAUCCUAGCAACAUCAGGAUCCACGAAUCAGGGCUGGCUGGCUCUGUUUGAUUAUAAAAUAACUGUUAAAAAAAAAAUAAAAUAAAAGCAGGUUUACUUAGGAAUAAUGAGAAUAAAUUGGCCCAAAUUUAGAAAGUCAAUGACUGAAGGAAAACAUAGAAAAUCAAUAUUUAGAGGCAGGUCAUGUACCCUCAGUUUGGAAAUGGUGCCAUUUGCAUUAUGUAUUUGUAUCCAUUGCACUGAUUUAAUUUUUGAAUGUGGAGCAUGCAGAUUUUAUAUCAUAGUACCCAUGAUCUAACAGAUUGCUAGGAUUUCUAAAAAGAUUUGCCUCUGUGAUGGCUGCCAAGCCGCUGGGUAAUUUAGUUAAAGUGUUUAAAGUUAUCACUAAAUCUUAGGGAAAUAAAUGGAAGGAUUUUAAAUUAGAGAAAGUGCCAUUAAGGAAAAAAAGCAUCUGUUCCUACUCUUCAGACUCCCCAUUUGAACACUGACAACCCAUCGCAUAACGUGGUGAACUAUAUCUGUGCAGUGUAUCAUUUCUAUUUCAAACAUACACACAUGGUUUCCUCUUGUAUUGUCUUAUAAAUAAGGAUCAAGAAAGUCAUAACAAACAUUGACUUGUCUUGUGUAUAUGGAAGAACAGAUCAAAUGAGAUGAAUUGCUCGAUCCUAAUCUGUCCAGGGAGCUUGCAAAGUACUCUAAACUCUAAGAGAACCCCUUGACUGCCAGUCGAGGCAUGAACCCAGCCCUGGAAUAAGAAUUUUGGUAAAUGUCAGAUUUAACCAAUUUUCAUAGAGAAGACUAAGACAUUUUUGAAAGGAUUAUGUAAAAAGUAGGGAGAAUUAAGUGUGGCAUUCAAAUUACUUGUAGUUAAAGGAUUCUGGUUAACAGGACUGAGAGCUUUCAUCCGAAGAUGAGGUCAGAGACACAAAAAAUGAAGGCAUCCACUAAAUUAACCAACUUGGACUUAAACAGGAGUAGUAGUCAAUUUGUAUUCUGUUCUUUGGGUACAAGCAGUUAAAUCUGCUCCAUCACUGAGAUGCCUAGAAAUAGCCCAGAUCAUUGCUUUCUUUGAUCUAUUGGGUUUUUUUUUUUUCCCACCAUAUUGAGAGGCCUCUGUGGUUAUUGGCAGUGUCUAUGAAGCUGUACUAAUUCCAUGAAUACUACCCCAGUUGUGAUAUUGUGAGCUAAGUAUUAGAACGGAUCAAUGCUAAAUCUUCUCUUAUUCAUUUAAGUGAUUACUGGACUCUGGAUAAAAUGUCAAACACCUUAUGAACUGCAACCAAAGCCUUCCAGCCUGGCCUCAGUUCAACCAGCACUGAGGCAGCAUCAGGGCUUAAGCCUAAUACAAAAAAUACAUAUCUUGUCUGCGUUCGCACAUCAAGCCUGUUCUACAAGUCAGUUAAAGUUAAGACAGCUGCAUAUUUUGGUAAGCUAUUGUUAAGGAAUGUUAACAACACAAGAAAUAAUAUAUGUUCGUAAAUGUAGGUAGAUAAAGUAUUUAGCCUGGAGAAAUUCAUCCAUGGAUUUUAUCCAUCUUCAAAAUGUUGGACAGUGAAAUUAGUGAUGGAAUCUGGGCCCUUUGGGGCACUUUGUAAUUUAACAAAAUUAAAAAAAAAUAUUUUUGGUUUUUGGUUUGGUUUUGGUUUUAGCUGUGGGGUGUUUUAACUGUAGUUUUAAAGGUUAGGUGGUUGGUGAUUUGGGCGGAAGGAGGGUUGGGAAUCUGAUUCUUGUCGGUUACAUUAAGCUAACUGAUGGGUUGGUUCUGUGAAUCCCCACCCAAGAGCCAACAUGAGUGACUAAAGUAGGUGCUACCACUCCAAACCAGCCAGUGUUUAUGCAUAGUGCAGCUGAUAAAUGCCUGCCGCCACCGCCUCUGUCCCCAGACUUGAGUAUCUUCAUCCACUCUCCAAUGCUAGCCACCUUUUAAUUCUUUAUAGAAAGGCAAAAAGACCACCUCCUCCUCUUUUGAUAAGUAAUUAGAUGCAGUAAGUUGCCUGAAGAAUGUUUAAAUAUUAACAGAAAAAUAUUAUGAUCUUACACAUCAUUAUAUUCCUCAUUAAGAAAGAGCUCUUUAUGUGGUACACUGCCUGUUGGAUUUCCAUAGUCCCUUACCUCAGCCCCUCUGAUUAUUUGCUAGGCACAAAACUCCAGAUCAGGGGC